AUCGUCAUGUUUUCCUUCAGGAUUCGAACCCACGGUUAAACCCGCAGCUCCACAGCAGCUGACCCUCGUCCUGCAGCGGGACUCUGGUCCCCGGGUCCCGGUGUGUGUGUGGGUCUGUUGGCCGGGUCAUGAGGCUCCUGGGCCGGGUCUCCUCCUCCUGUCACCUCGCUGCGGGGCUCCGCUCCGCCCGGAGGAAGCAGGCGGGGUCUCUGUUUUCCUUCAGCCAGAAACACGUGUGUGUCCCCGGUCACUCUGCAGCCGACACUACCGGCAACACAACCACCCACACUAAACACAACUUUACCCACAACUUGAACCACAACAUGGCCGAGGAGGCGAAGAAACUGGCCGCUUACGCCGCAGUAAACAACCACGUCCAGAACAACCAGGUGGUCGGGGUGGGCAGCGGGUCGACCAUCGUCUACGCUGUGGACCGACUGGCGGAGCGAGUGCGUCAGGAGAAGCUCAACAUCGUGUGUGUCCCCACGUCCUUCCAGGCUCGUCAGCUGAUCCUGCAGCACGGCCUCACGCUGUCGGACCUGGACAGACACCCAGAGUUGGACGUAGCGAUCGACGGAGCAGACGAAGUGGACAAGGACCUGACGCUGAUCAAAGGUGGAGGCGGCUGCCUGACUCAGGAGAAGAUCGUCGCCGGCUGUGCUAAACAUUUCGUUGUCAUCGCCGACUUCAGGAAGGACUCGGAGGCUUUGGGCCAGCAGUGGAAGAAGGGAGUUCCUAUCGAAGUGAUCCCGAUGGCGUACGUCCCCGUCUCCAGGACGAUCGCCAGACGCUUCGGGGGGGAGGCCACUCUGAGGAUGGCCGUCAGCAAAGCAGGUCCUGUGGUCACCGACAACAGUAACUUCCUCCUGGACUGGAAGUUUGAAGGCGCUCAGAACUGGGAGGAGGUCAACACUGCGAUCAAGAUGAUUCCAGGUGUGGUGGAGACCGGCCUCUUCGUGGGCAUGGCUGAACGAGCCUACUUUGGGAUGGAGGACGGGAGCGUGCAGGUUCGUGACGCCCCCGUCCACUGAGGAGUUCGAUUCCUCCUGACUGACCUCCCUUCUCCUUCAAGUGCCUUCAGAGGACAGACGGGAUGGAUCUGAACCAGGGACGUCUCCAAUCAUCUCAUCUCACAACCGGACUUAUUCUCCAUCACUUGGUUUCUCUCACCGGUUCUUUAUCAUGUGGUGCUUCUGAUUCUGUGAGUGUUAAAGUGCCUGAUGAGUGAAAUCGAAUAUACCAGAUGUACUUUUUAGUAGUUUUUCUUUUUCCAGUUGUUGCUCAGCUCAGCCUCCUGGAUCCUGGCUCACCCUGUCAUUAGCAGGUUGGAGUAGUGUGGUUCUCAGGCAGAGUGCUGAGUCACUGCUGCAGGAUAAUAUGUGCCUGUAGAUUCUAAAGAGAAGUUUCAUCUGAGCAGCUCAUAGAAAAACCUCCUUCAUCAAAUCACCAAGUUAAAGUUUAGCAGUCAAGUGAAAACUCCAGUUGAGGUGAAUUCUCGCCUCGGCUGCUGUGGACCAAUGAUUCGGUUUCCUGCUCUGAGUAAAGACAGAGUUUGAGAAAUCGGUGGUUUCCUCUCAGUUUCAACACCAGUGGAGUGAGUCCACAUUGUGUGAGUGUGUGUGUUUCUGUUAGUGCAUGUGUGUGUCCACUGUGUUUCUUCUUCUGUGCCUGUGAUCCACAUGCAUGACUCCUCUCUCAUUCCUCACACAGGCUGUAGUGAUGACCUGCAGAUGUGCUGUAAAUGUUUCAUGUUUAAUAAUGAGCUGUGUAGAUAAGAUAUGAACCAACAUGUGUUAUGUGCCUUGUCAAACAAUAGAGAUUCUUCUUUGUGUUGUAGUCAAAAACCUCAAACCUCACUGAGAGCUGCACGGUUCAGUUUUAUAAAAGACGAUUCAAUAUGUGAAUCAUUAAUAAAAGCAGGCAUGUGAAGCUGUUCUAUUAUGGGAUGUUUUGCACCAGCGUUUCUUUUCUUCUUUUCUUUACCAACCGACUGUGAUAAUGAUUUCUGCUGUGAAGGUACAAUUUCUUUUUGCCAAACAAUACAAGAUCAAAACUCAAAAA